AUGGCAGCAACUAUACUACCGCUUGUUCCAGCGGCUAACAGACUGGUGCAGGAUGUGAUCAGAGACCAGGCUAUGGCCCGCCCUUAUGCACCAGCGAUAUGCUCAGCAAAUGUCUAUCUCACAUACCAAGAACUUGACCAGCUCUCUUCACGGCUCGCCACGCAUAUUGGGACGUUCUGGAUAAGGCCUGACUCCAUCGUGCCGAUCAUAUUUGAUAAAUCCGCAACCACAAUUAUCGCAAUGCUAGCGGUACUGAAGGCAGGUGGUGCCUUCACUGCGCUGGAUAUCUCGCACCCAGACGAGAGAUUGUCGGAAAUCAUCAAGAGCACCAAGGCCUCUGUUCUCUUGGCAUCUCCAGCUCAGGCUUCGCGGUUCUCAGGAAUACCAGGCCUUUCAGUCAUCGAGGUGUCCAAUGAUAUGCUGGCAAGCUUGACUGCACCCCAAGAACCGCCGGCAGCCCGUCUAGACGCCUCGCCUGAGAAUCUGAUGUACGUCAUCUUCACCUCCGGCAGCACCGGUCGACCAAAAGGCGUUAUGAUAGAACAUCGCGCCUGGUUGAAUAGUGCCCUCGCAUACGGCUCAGAUCAAGGCCUCAGUCCCCAGUCGAGGGUUCUGCAAUUUGCAUCUUACGCCUUCGACAUGUCUCUUAUGGAGAUAUUCACGACGCUGAUCUUCGGUGGCUGUGUGUGCGUUCCAGCCGAUGAGGACCGAUUCGGCAAGAUCGAGGACUUCGUCAACAAGACUGGCGUGAACACGCUGAUGCUGACGCCUUCCUACGCGAAGCUUUUGGAUCCCGCCACGAUGCCCAGCGUGCACACGUUCAUUACCGGCGGCGAGGCCGUGCCGAGCGACUUGCUCGAAAAAUGGAACCUUCUGGUCGAGGUUUACAUUGCCUACGGCCCCACUGAAGCUUCCAUCCAGGCCGCAGGGGCGAAGCUUGAAAUUGGAAGUUCCGUAGCCCCUUCGGGAUUGGUCGGGCAUUCCACGGGCUGUAACCUGUGGAUCGUGAGCGAAGAGAACCACGACGAGCUUGUUUCCCAGGGCGAGACAGGAGAGUUGCUCAUCGAGGGACAUACGCUUGCCAGGGGCUAUCUGGACGACGAGGAAAAGACAAAUGCCGCUUUCGUUGAUGUCCAAGUUGGGUCCAAUACUCGGCGGAUGUUCAAGACCGGCGACCUGGUCCGUCAGAUGGCGGACGGCAACAUCGUAUUCGUCGGUCGCAAGGACACGCAAGUCAAGGUGCAGGGCCAACGUUUUGAACUCACCGAGAUCGAAGCAAGGCUAGCUCCUAUUCUUCCUCCUGGAUCCAAGGUCUGUGUUGACAAAGUUGAAAGCCCUGCGUCGCCCAGCCAAGCUUUUCUGGUGGCUUUUGUCAGCACCUCGAUGAAAUUGUCGGACGACGAGCAGUCAGAGAUCUGCUGGCGUCACGUCGAGGAGACCAGAGAACAGGUCCCCGAAAUCAUGGCGAGCUUGGCGAAAGUGCUCCAUGCGCCCAUGAUACCGUCUGUAUACGUGCCGGUGACGUUUAUACCUUUGACGACAUCCCACAAGACGGAUCGCAAGUCGUUGCGAGGGCUGGUAGAACGUUUGAGCUUCAAUGACCUGGAGAAGCUUCGAAAGCCGAAUGAAACGGGAGGCGAGACAAGAACAUUGUCAUCCAGUGAACUCACUUUGCGUGAGCUAUGGGCGCUCGUCCUCAACAGGAGACCAGAGACAAUUGGGCCAGAUGACAAUUUCAUCCAACUAGGAGGUGAUUCAGUCACAAGCAUCAAACUCAUCUCUGUCGCGCGCAAUCAGGGGAUCACUCUCACAUCGGCAACAGUUCUCUCAACCCCAGUCUUGAGUGAGCAAGCUCAGAAACUGUCUAUGUCCAACGGUUCGGGACAGCAGAAGAGCAUCCAGCCAUUUGGGCUGCUAGAAGGCCGCGCGGAUGAGCUUCGCGGAACAGCGGUCGCUAUCUGCAGACUACCUCCUGAAAAUAUAGAAGAUGUGUUACCCAUGACACUCAGUCAGAUGCGGUGGUAUGGCAAGACCUUGGUGAAGCCUACUGCCUGGCUUGACCAAUACCACUUCACACUCCCCGAAGACGUGGACCUCGCGCGAUUUAAUUCGGCUCUGAACAGCGCCAUUCAAGCUGCGGAGCUCCUACGGGCGAGGGUCAUUGCCACUAGCGACAGGAAGCUCUUCCAAACCAUCGCCAAACAUCACCCAGUCGAAGUGGUGGAGGUCCAGGAUAGCUUGGAGGCUUACCUGAGUCGAGAUCUCGAAACCCCAAUGGGCCUUGGAGCGCCGCUCAGUCGAUAUGCUCACGUCAAAACGCCCGACUCGGCGAAGGUGUUCGUCUGGACGAUUCACCAUGCCAUUUAUGACGGCUACUCUCUUCCCAUGCUUCUUCAGUUCAUCGAAGACUCGUACCAGGGGCUCAAACCAGCAUCAUUUACCCCUUUCAGCCAUUAUCUACAAGGACCGAGCGAAGAUGAGCUCGUUGAGGGCGAGGCCUUUUGGAAACAAUACCUGUCCGAGACAUCUUGGACCAAGUUCCCGGCCCUGCCGCCUCCUGGGGAAAAGUCCGCACCAUCUAUGGACAGACUCUUGAGGACCUUUUCGCUCAUCUCUAGAGAACAACCAGACAGCACAGCAGAAGGCACAGCGUCAAUAACCACCGCAAACGUGAUUCGUGUCGCAUAUGCUGCUACGCUUUCCCACUAUGCCGAAGCACAAGACACUCCUGUGCUCUUCCUCGAGUCUCUCGGCGGCCGAAAUUCAACUCUAGCAGGCAUCGAUCGCGUCGCCGGACCGACGCUCCUCACCAUCCCCACAAGACUACACCUCGCCAGCUCAAAGUCCUGCGGCGAGGUCCUAUCCGAAGCGCAGACAUCGCUAGUAGCGCGCAUGAAAUACGAGAACUUCCCGCUCCUCCGUCUGCUGCCCCUGGCGCCCGCCCUGGAGCUGCGCAACGUGCUGAUGAUUGAGGACGAGGCGUUCCUGAUCAACGGUGCCGGCGAGGGCUUGUUUGGCCGUGGGAACGAGGAGUUGAAGCUGGAUGAGACGGAGGGGCUGCCUAUGAUCUUCCGGUGCACCAUUCAUCGGGGUGCGGUUGAUGUUGAUAUUCGGUAUGAUGAGCAGGUGCUUACGCGGGCGGAGGUGGAAGCUUUAUUGGAGACAUUUCGGAGGGUCUUUGAAGAGCUCUGGCUGGGAGACAGGAGUCGGUCUUUUGACAGUGUGCUUCAAUGA